ACUGCAGAGAGCCUAACAGCUGAAUUGUGCUGCUCUUAGUUAUUUGUGUGUGGGUGUUUAACAGUCAGAAACUCCUUCGUCUGCUGCUAUGAACAGAUUGGUCAGUGUUUUAAUUGUGGCUGGACUGAUCUUUGAAUCAUGGGCUCAGAGACCAGAAACAGUCUUGUCAGGAUUGCAAUGUUAUCCUGCCUUCAACCUUCAAUGCUGGACCCAAUGGUUUGACAGUGACAACCCCUCAAGUAAUGGAGACAGAGAAAAUCUUAACAGACUUCUCAGAAAGUAUCCUGGAAAGAUCUGCCCAAACCCAGUAGAUAUUCAAGCCAGAACUCUGUCUGGCCUGACUCCAGAGGAAGCAGGUGACAUAAUUAAAGUGAGCGACACAAACACAGGAUUCAUAUGUCGAAAGAAGGACCAACCUGACGGGAACUGUGAGGAUUACAAGGUUCGCUUCAGCUGCCCCCCUCCUUACUGUGCUGAGACAGUGUGCUGGACGAAGUGGUAUGAUAGAGAUAACCCUUCUGGAAGUGGUGAUUGGGAGACUCUGAGGUCCCUGCAAAAUGAAUACAAGGGAGAAAUUUGCAAUACCCCUCACUAUAUCGAGGCUGUUACCACUGACACUUUGACCCCAGCUAUUUACACAGGAGAGAACUUUUAUGCCUACAACCCAACAGUAGGUUUCGUUUGCCGCCAAGAGGACCAGAAAGAUCGGACCUGCAAGGAUUACAAAGUCCGGUUUGGAUGUCCCUGUGAUAACUGAGUCAAGACAACCAAAAUGAGGAUAAAAGCAUUACUAUUCUGGGGUAGUCAUUUUUCUGGGUGUAGAUCAUGUCCU